ACAAAUCAUAUAUUACUCAUUUAUAUUAUGUACAAAAUAUUUUGCAGUAUCAUUAUUCUUUGCUUCAAUAAAUAUCUUAACAUACCCUACUUCUCCAUAAAACCAGAAGAAAACUGUGUGCUUUGGUAAGAAUAUAAAACUCAUAUUCCCCCAUAUCAUACAGACUAUACAGUAAAAAUUAUAGUAUUAACAAGUAACAACUAUUCAUUACAAUUAUUUGACUUUUCUCGAGACUAAAAUAAUAAAGAGAAAAUAAAUUAAAGUAGAAAGAAUUAUUUUUCACUUUCCAAAAAGUGAAACUUUCUACAUUCUCUGAACAUAAAUUAGCCAAUCCUCUUAUGCCACAUCAGCAGAAACAUUAAUACAUGUCAAGAAUUGGAAACAGAGGAUUUAUACUCUCGUAACUACUUACUUACCUCUUCUUUCUCUCUCUCUCUUCUCCAUAAAGGCCGGCGAUAGAUGCAUAAUACUCUCUGCACGUCUCCUUAUCUGCCUAUCAUUCCUUCCUAACCAAGAAAAAAAAAAAAAUUAAAAUAACUAAAACUCUUACUUCAGUUAUUACAAAUCUUACUUUCCAAACCUCCCCUUCAUUUCUUUUAUUGUUUUUUCUUGAUUAUCUACCACUUUGGCCUUAAUCCCAUUUUCUUCUCAAGUCAUUUUUUCUUGGACCACAAGCGCACAACUUUCUUCUUCUAUAGGGUUUUAUUCCUAGUGUUUUCUUAUGUAUUGUCGGUUGGAUUUGAACCCUCUUUAAUGCAUGUUUCUUUCGGAAAGACAAGUAUCCCAGAUCUUUUUUUCUCUCAUUAAGAUUGGAUAUUUUGGUUAUUUGGUCAUCUGGCUCUGAGACUCUUCUCUUGAGUGGUGAAAUACAAAAACAAUGGCGAUUGACCUGUGUUCGGAGAAGUCUCCCGCUAUGGUGGUGACAAGUAAUGGCAGUACUCCCAGAAUCUCGUUUUCUUAUGAUUUUCUCCAAUCCGACGUUGUUCCCAUCGAACAACGCCCUCUCAGAUCGAACUCUUCCGGUCUGAACUCCAGUAUUGAUUUUGACUUCUGCGUUCGUGAGAGCUUUAGCGAAGAAUCUUCUUCAGCGGAUGAGCUUUUCUCUGGUGGGAAAAUGAUUCCCAGUGAAAUCAAGAAGAAGAUCGCCUCUGCUCCACCGCCGAAACAAGAGAUCGUAGAUCAAAUUUCCCCUCCUCAAGUUGAUCGACCAUUAGUGCAAACACCUUGUGUGCGUGAGGAGAACAGUAAAAGCUCCAAGAAAGAGACCAAUAAUGAAGGUGAAGAGAGGCAGAGUUCCAAGUCCUUUUGGGGUUUCAAGAGGAGUAGUAGUUGUGGUUCUGGCUAUGGAAGGACUCUAUGUCCUUUGCCUCUGUUAUCUCGAAGCAACUCGACUGGGUCUGCUGACGAGUCCAAACCCAUUAACAUCAAACGAUCCCCAUUGAUACCAAAAGAAAGUUCCAACAGCUCUAAACAGAAUACCCAGAAAAGUUCUAACGCUUCUAACAAGGUGCAGUCAUUACAUCCUCAUAACACUGCUUCAAGCUGUAGUUAUCAGAAACCUCCAUUGAAGAAGGGACAUGGAGCUUACGGCAGUGGACAUGGAGUUUCAAUCAAUCCGGUUUUGAAUGUUCCUCCGGCAAACAUUUUCGCAAUAGGUUCAAUGUUCGCCAAUGGGAAAAGCAAGAACAAGAAAAAGUGAUCCCUUUUCAAUGGAAGCUGUACUUUUUUCACUCGUAAAAAGAAAAAAGAAAAGGGUAUUUGUAUGGAUUCUGUCUUUACUGUUGUUGUUAUAUGUGAUAUAAUAAUCGUUGAUUUCUGUGUCCUUUGAUUACUAAGAUGUUAGAUUUUGCUUCAAUAGGAGAAAAAUGAGAUAAAUUUUAGGUUAAUGAAAGGGGAGAGACAAGAAAUGGAAUGGUAUAAUUCAACCUCACAUGGUUUCGGGCACAUAAUGACAGGUAACACAUUGCUUUCAUGGCUGUCUCCAUGUUUGUUUUUGCUUUUUUUUUUUUUUUGUUUUUUUGGUCCACACUUCUUUUUUUUAAGUUGCUUUAUUUUCAUAUUUGUUCAGGCAUAAGGUUCUGAAGUUAUGUACAUAUUUUGAUUUGGGAUGAUUUUAUUUUUUUCCACAUACUCUGUAUAAAAGAAGAGUAUGUAAGGGAGUGUUAUAUGACUUGUGUUUGGGUUUAAUAUAUUUACUACUUUCGUGUC